UUUCUUGCCAAACUCUUCCACUAUUGUGGUAGUCCAAUCUUCCACUAUUCUGUUCUGCUGAUCUGUUUCCCCUGCUGUAGUAUUCAAUUCUUUUUUGGUUUCAGGAUUGGACACAGUAUGAUAACUGAUGCUGUGCAGAGGAGUCUUAUAACACCAGGGAAGAGCAUUCUGGUGGAGCCAACUAGUGGAAACACUGGCAUUGGACUUGCAUUUAUAGCUGCUUCAAAAGGAUAUAAGCUCAUAUUGACAAUGCCAGCCUCAAUGAGUCUAGAAAGAAGGGUUCUUUUUAAAGCUUUUGGAGCUGAGCUUGUUUUGACUAAUUCUGCUAAGGGGAUGAACGGAGCAGUUCAGAAAGCUAAAGAAAUUUUGAAUAGCACGCCAAAUGCCUACAUGCUUCAACAAUUUGACAAUCCUGCAAAUCCAAAGUACCAUGUUCCUCAUCUUCAAAUUCCCCAUCUUCAAAUUCUUCAAAUUCCUCACUAG